CAUGCCUCAUUGUCUGCGCUCCUUUCCAUGGGGACGCCGGGAGUUGUAGUUUUGCACGGGCUUCAGCGCUGGUAUAACUUGUAGAGCCCUCCUGUUUGGCGCGGCGACAGCAUCCUCCUGAGCAUGACCCUCAGCCUCCGGGAGAUGCCCAUAGUGCCAGGGCUAGCGGAGCUGCUCGUGUGACCCAGGUACAGGACCCGGGCUUAAUCAAAGAUGAUCUGGCAGAGUGUCUGGUCUGGAGAUUUAAUUCUACAAUGAGGACACACACACGGGGAGCCCCCAGUGUGUUUUUCAUAUAUGUGCUCUGUUGUGCCUUUGCGCAUGGCUCUGACGACAGCACAAAUGCUCAAAUCCCAUUCCUCAAUGCAAAAUAUGAUGGUUUCCCCAUGUUGUACUUUUCAAAGGGUGAGGUGGAUAAGCUGCGUGCCCAAGCAACCAGCACCCAUCAACACAUCGCAUCACGCAUUGAGAAAGCCGUUCAUACGAUGCUCACUAACCCCACUGAAUACCUCCCACCUUGGGAUCCAAAGGACUUUUCUGCAAGAUGGAAUGAAAUUUAUGGUAACAACCUGGGGGCAUUGGCGAUGUUCUGUAUCUUGAAUCCUGACAACACUGAAGCACUUGGCAUGGCAAGGGAAUACAUGGAAAGAAUGGCAGCACAGCCUAGUUGGUUAGUGAAGGAUGCUCCGUGGGAUGAGGUCCCUCUGGCACACUCUCUUGUAGGCUUUGCCACGGCCUAUGACUUUCUGUACCAUUCUUUCUCUAAACACCAAAAAGAAAGGUUUCUUGAAGUAAUUGCAAACGCUUCAGGUUACAUGUAUGAAACCUCCUAUAGGAGAGGGUGGGGAUUUCAGUAUCUUCACAACCAUCAGCCUACUAACUGUGUAGCACUGCUAACUGGAAGCCUGGUUAUGAUGAACCAAGGAUAUUUGCAAGAAGCUUACUUCUGGACAAAGCAGGUUCUCACUAUCAUGGAGAAGUCCAUAGUCCUGUUAAAUGAUGUGACAGAUGGGUCACUGUAUGAAGGAGUGGCUUAUGGCAGCUAUACAACAAGAUCACUCUUCCAGUAUAUGUUUCUCGUCCAAAGACAUUUUGAUAUCAAUCAUUUCGGCCAUCCUUGGCUGAAACAACACUUCGCUUUCAUGUACAGAACUGUUUUGCCAGGUUUUCAGAGAUCUGUUGCCAUAGCAGAUUCAAACUACAAUUGGUUUUAUGGCCCUGAGAGCCAAUUGGUAUUUCUGGAUAAAUUUGUUAUGAGAAAUGGCAGUGGCAAUUGGCUGGCAGAACAGAUUCAACUAAACAGAGUUCAGGAAGGGCCUGGGACCCCAGCCAAAGGUCAACGGUGGUGUACUCUGCACACAGAGUUUCUCUGGUAUGAUGCAUCAUUGCAGUCUACACCUCCACCGGACUAUGGCACUCCUAAGUUACAUUUUUUUGAAGACUGGGGUGUGGUGACCUUCGGGAGUUCUCUACCUGCUGAAAUCAACAGGCCUUUUAUCUCAUUCAAAUCUGGAAAGCUUGGAGGUCGUGCGAUCUUUGAUAUUGUCCACAACAACAAAUACAGUGAAUGGAUUAAAGGAUGGAGAAACUUUAAUGCUGGGCAUGAACACCCAGACCAGAAUUCCUUCACAUUUGCACCAAAUGGAUUUCCUUUUAUAACCGAAGCUUUAUAUGGACCAAAAUAUAGUUAUUUAAACAAUGUUUUGAUGUUUUCACCAUCUAGCCCAGAUUGCUGUUUUCCUCCAUGGGAAGGUCAGGUGACUGAAGAUUGUACUUCAAAAUGGCUAAAAUAUAAGCUUGGUGAAGCUGCAGACUCUCACGGGAGGGUGAGUGCAGCAAUGGAGAAAGGUGGUGUUGUUUUCAUCAGAGGUGAAGGAGUUUCAGCCUACAGCCCAAAACUGAAGUUGAAAAGUGUUCAGAGAAAUCUUGUCCUACUCCAUCCACAACUGCUGCUACUUGUUGACCAUAUACACCUAGACCGUAGUAGUACUUUGGAGGCAACAGCAACUUUUUUCCACAAUGUAGACUUGCCUUUUGAGGAAACCUCUAUUGAUGGUGUUAAUGGAGCUAUAAUAAGACACAGAGAUGAACUUUAUAAAAUGUAUUGGAUGGAUGACACUGGCUUGAGUGAGAAAGGUGUCAUAGCAUCUGUAAACUACCCCCAGGGCUACCCUUAUAAUGGAACAAAUUAUGUGAAUGUUACUACCCAUCUCAGGAAGCCAAUCACAAGAGCAAUAUACCUGUUCAUUGGACCAUCUGUUGAUGUUGAGAGUUUCAGCGUCCAUGGAGACUAUCAGCAAGUGGAUGUGUUUUUGGCAACUAGUGAUCAUGCUUAUGCUGUCUACCUCUUCACUGGCGAAACACCAAGUCAGUCAGUCUAUGCUAAAGUAGUUGCAGACAGACAAAGAAUUGUGUUUGACAAAAGUUCAUCCAUCAAAAGCACUUCACCAGUGGAGGUAAAGGAUUAUGUAGGAGUAGUGGAAAGGAACCUCCAGCACUUCAAGCCAGUCUUUCAGCAACUGGAGAAACAAAUCUUGUCUCAUGUAAAGAACACUGCUAGUUUUAGGGAGACUGCUGAGCGGAUUCUUAGAUUUUCUGAUAAAAGGAACACAGAGGAGGCAAUUGAGAAGUUGUUUGCUAUUUCGCAACAGCAGAAGCAACCGGGAAAGGUCAAAAGAACCAAAAAUGGGCCAAGAAAGUACAAGUUUAUAAAUGCUGUUCCUGACAUAUUUGCACAAAUAGAAGUAAAUGAAAAGCAGACAAGACAAAAAGCCAUGGCAUUGGCUCAAAGUGAAAUUCCAAUAAAUGAGGAUGAAGAAAUGAAAGACCUUCUGGAUUUUGUAGAUGAGCCAUCAGUAAGGGAGAAAUACAGCCCUCUUAAAAGACACAGCUCCCAGCACAUGUUGACAACACAUUACAACAAGUCUUCGUCCAUGUCUGCCUCCUAUACAAGACUUUUUCUAAUCCUAAACAUUGCCAUAUUUAUAGUACUCUUAGCGUUACAAUUGUCACGAUUUUUGAGGACUAAGAAUGUCCAUAGAAAAAGAUGCCUUUAUGCUAUACUGUCCAUUGAUUGCUGUAUAUUAGCAUGGCUCUAUUCCUCAUGUUAUCGGACACAAUGUUAGGACAGGAAUCCUGUUCAUCUAUGCAAAUUGGGGACAUCAGCAGUAUUGAAUGGAAAUUGCUUGCAAUCCUUUGUGAAGUUGUAAUAUUCCGAACUCUUCAAAACCAGUAAAUUUAUAUAUGGACAUAAGUUUCAUAAAGGGAAAUGAUCUAUAAAGUGUAAAAAAAUAAAUAAAAAAAAUGUAAUGUUUGCUGACUGGAAAUAAAUCCUACAGAAAGGAAAAUAAAUCAUUUUUUUUGUCCUUAAUUGUGUGUGUAAUUCUGUUAACUUAUGUUUGUAAAGCACUUGUAACAUAUGCUAUGUUUAUCGUAUGUAGAAUCAGGUUGAACUUGUCAAUAGGCAAAAUAUAU